UGACUUGUCAAACGCUGAUCGACAGAUGAAUGUAGAAAAUUGUGUACAUUUCACCGAGAGAUAUUUUAUAACGUUUUACUUUUUUUGUCAAUAAAAGAAAACAUAUAAAUGUGCUUUAUAAUUAAAAAAUAACCUUCUAAAAUAUAAAUAGUGUUUUGUUAAAAAUACACAACACUAAACAUAAAUCCCAAAAUGUCACAAAGGGAUUCUGGGCCAAUACCAAGUCGAUGGCUAAAUUGCCCACGAAAAGCUGCUGGACUUAUUGCCGAAAAGUUCUUAGCAUUUAAGACACCCUUGGGUCCUCAUUUCAAUGAGAAAGUUCCAGUCGAAAAUCGAUUCACGCCAUCCAUUUUAUUUUUAAAUCUGAGAGACCUAAAGAUAAAAUUAGGUCUGUGGAUAGACUUGACGAAUACAUCGAGAUUUUAUGACAAGAGUGAGAUAGAAAAGAAUGGAUGCAAAUAUAUUAAGAUGGCUUGUAGAGGUCAUGGUGAGACACCUACAAGGGAACAAACAAGGCAUUUUAUUGACACUGUCAACAACUUUAUGAAUCAAAAUCCAGAUGAUAUGAUUGGUGUUCACUGCACACAUGGAUUUAAUAGAACAGGAUUUUUAAUUGUAUCCUUCAUGGUGGAGGAAAUGGAUUUCAGCUUAGAUGCUGCGCUGCAUCAAUUUGCCACCAAACGAGAGCCAGGUAUCUACAAGCAGGAUUACUUGGAUGAGCUAUACAAACGGUACGAAGAUAGUGCAGACUUCCCCCCAACAGCAAUGCAGAGGCCACAGUGGUGUAAUGAAGAUGAAGAGGAAUAUGAUGAUGAUGAGUCGCAGGCUAAUUCAUCACAUGCAUCACAUUCUGAGGCAAAUUCAUCAUUUAAACAUGACAGAGGAAGAAAUAAGAAAGGUCAUAUGAAACCUAAAGAGUUUAUCCCACCUAUUCAUGGAGUUAAUUUUUAUGAAAAUGAAGAUGAUGUACUUAGUAUACAGCAGAAGGCUAAAAACUUUUGCAAAUGGACUGGCAAAGGUUUUCCAGGAUGUCAGCCGGUGUCAAUGACAGUGGAAAAUAUCAGUUAUCUGCAACUAAAACCUUACCGAGUGUCGUGGAAAGCAGAUGGUGUUAGGUACAUGAUGUUAAUUGACGGCAAAGAUAGAGUGUUCAUGUUAGACAGAGAUUUUUCAAUAUUCAAAGUGGACGGACUGAUAUUUCUACACAACAAGACUAUGAAACAUUUGACAGAUACUCUCCUUGAUGGGGAAAUGGUUGUAGAUAAAGAGGACGGUGAAGAGAAACAUAGAUAUCUAUGCUAUGAUAUUAUCCGAUUUGAAAAUCAAAAUGUAGGCCGGGAGUCUUUCUAUCCGGUUCGGUUAAUGUGUAUAGAAAAGGAAAUUAUGAAUCCCAGAAAUAGGGCAAUUGGCAGCGGUAUGAUAAGUAAAGGUCCCUUUAGUGUCCACUUAAAGGAGUUUUGGGACUUAAGCAUGACGCAUUAUUUACUAGAUGAGAAAUUCACCAAGAAACUAUGCCAUGAACCUGAUGGACUUAUAUUUCAACCAUCUAAAGAGGGCUAUGUGGCAGGCGCGUCGGACGAAGUAUUGAAAUGGAAACCAAGCGACAUGAAUAGUGUUGACUUUAGAUUGAAAAUUACCACCGAAAGUGGACUUGGUAUGCUGCCAAAGAAAAUUGGCCUCCUUUACGUGUCCCGUGAGAAAACUCCGAUCGGCAAUAUAAAAAUAACAAAGCAAAUGAAACAUUUGAACAACAAGAUAAUAGAGUGCAAGUUUGAGAACGGCCAGUGGGUGUUUAUGAGAGAGAGGACAGAUAAAUCAUUUCCCAAUAGUCGCAACACCGCCAUGGCUGUUUGGGAGAGUAUAAGUAACCCAGUUACAAAAGAGUACCUGCUAGAUUUUAUAAACAAGAGGAGUUUCCACGACGACUCCGAGAUGCCGCCGCCCAAGCGCAGUCGCUAGACUAUUUAUUCAUUACUUAUAACUAGUAAAUAUAUCAUCACUAUAAAUUAUAAA